UUCCCUCCGGGCUUCCCCGAUUGUUGUGGCUCGUCGGAAGCGGCGCAGGUGUGCGCAGGCGCGCCUCGCGAACUCACCUGUUUUCCGGCUCUACCUGUCCGCGCUGGAGCCGGAGGAUGCGGCUGCGCUCGGGGGUCUUCGCCUCCGCCUGCCUGCUAGUGCAGGCGCUGGGCGUCGGGCUCUUCCUCAGGGGCUUCUUCCCGGUGCCGGUGAGGUCGCUGCCUAGGAGCGGGGUGCUUGCCGGGCCGCCGGCGGAGCCGCCUCCCACAGGAUUCUCUUCUAACUGGACGAAGGUGCCGUCCCCUCUCUUUAAAAAAGCUGUCAUAGUACUGAUUGAUGCCUUGAGAGAUGACUUUGUGUUUGGCUCGAAAGGCAAAAGGUUCAUGCCCUACACAAGCCAGCUGGUGGAAAGAGGAACAUCUCAUAGUUUUGUAGCGGAAGCCAAGCCACCUACAGUCACCAUGCCUCGAAUUAAGGCACUGACAACGGGGAGCAUCCCGGGUUUCAUCGAUGUCAUCAUGAAUCUCAAUUCUCCAGCCUUGCUGGAAGACAACUUGAUCCAGCAGGCCAAAGCAGCUGGGAAAAGGAUAAUCUUCUAUGGUGAUGAUACUUGGGUUCGAUUAUUUCCAAAGCAGUUUGUGGAAUAUGAUGGAACGACAUCUUUUUUUGUCUCGGACUAUACUGAGGUUGAUGAUAAUGUUACCAGACACUUGGAUAAUGUGAUGAAAAGAGAAGACUGGGAUUUGCUCAUCCUUCACUACUUGGGGCUGGACCAUAUUGGUCAUCUGAGUGGACCGCACAGUCCUUUAAUAGGGCCAAAGCUUUCUGAAAUGGAUAACAUCAUCAAGAAGAUUCAUACUUCUCUCCUCUCCAAGGAGGAGGGAGAGGUGGCUUCACCCCACCUGCUUGUUGUGUGUGGCGACCAUGGGAUGUCCGAAACGGGGAGCCACGGGGGAUCCUCGGAGGGCGAAGUGCGAACGCCCCUGCUUUUUGUCAGCUCUGCUUUCGACAGGGCCGGGGGUCUCCUGAAACCUCCAGAGCUUGUUCAGCAGACUGACUUGGCCGUCACUCUGGCCAUAGGCCUUGGCUUGCCCAUCUCAAGGAACAGCGUCGGGCAGCUUUUGCUGCCUGUCGUGCAGCAGAAGACGGUGAGAGAACAGCUGCGGUACUUGCAUUUAAAUGGGUUCCAGCUUAGCAGACUCCUCCAGGAGAACAUGGCUACCUAUGAAAAAGAUCCUGGAUUCCAGCAGUUUAAGAUGGCGGAAAAAUCCCACGGAAGUUGGAUCAAGCUGUAUUUGGAAGGGAAUACCUCGGAAGUCCUCAGAAACCUUGGCAAAAAAGUUCUCAGGCAGUAUUUAGAGGCCAUCAGGGUCCUGAGCUCUUCCUUAAGCAAGCAAGUGGCACAAUACGACACGUAUUCAAUGAUAGUGGGAACCAUCAUUGUUCUGGAGGUGCUGGUGCUGCUACUCUUGAGUACCGCAAAAGCUCUAAGCAGCAGGGCAGAACUGGAAGUGCCCCUCUCCCCACUGUGCUCUCUGCUGUUCUAUCUGACAUGCCUGAUGCUCUGUGCGGUUCAUGUCGUCGUGUGCACUUCAACGGAGAGCUCGUGCUAUUUCUGCAGCCUCUCCUGGCUGACAGCCAUUGGAGUGAUCAUGCUGAUUUCCGGGCUUCUCUGCGUCAUUCUCUCUGCCCUGGAAAAGGUGUUUGUGAACCCCAAACAAAUGGCAAAGAAUCCAGCUGCCGCUACUUCCAGCUGGUCUGAAUUUGACGUGCUUAUCCUGGCAGGCACCGUUGGCCAUGUGUCAAGUCUGGGCGCCAGCAGCUUCAUUGAAGAGGAGCACCAAACGUGGUACUUCCUGGUCAGUACCCUCUGCCUCGCCCUCUGCCAGGAGACCUGCAGGCACUAUUUCUUGGCUAAAGACUGCGAUCUUCAGCUUCCCUCUUCAGCCAAAGCAAACCCUGAAGAAGUCAAGGGAGCCCACCACCACAGGGAUGAUGCUGGCUACCUACAGGAUGUCCCCAAAACGGGCAAGGCUGCCAACUCUGAGAGCACAAGGGGCUCCGAGAAGUGGAUGGCGUUGGCCACUCCAUGGGUUGUCCUCGUUUGCUGCCGUCUGCUUCGCUCGCUAAAUCAGACUGGGGUUCAGUGGGCUCACAAGCCAGAUUUUGGCCACUGGUUGACAAGUUCUGAACAUAAAGCUGAACUUUCUCUCGUGGCAUCUGUAUCUUUAGUUAUGAUUUUUAUUCUUGUGCAGCGGAGAUGUUCUCUGGUUUCAAAAAUAGCAAUGGCACUUGGACUCUUGGGAGUGUACAGUUACCGGGCAGCCAUUGGAAAUGUGGAAUUUCCAUGGCAACGAGACAGCAAAGAUAUUUCAAAAGGCAUAAUUGAAGCACGUUUCGUCUAUGUCUUUGUUCUUGGCAUCGUCUUCACAGGCACCAAAGACUUGCUCAAAUCUCAGGUUCUCUCGACAGAUGCUAAGACAAAGUUUAUAGGAUUGUGGGAAAUCUACAGUGGGUUGGUCCUGCUGGCUGCGCUCUUACUCAGGCCUCACAACUUGCCCGUGUUGGUUUUCUGUCUUCUCAUCCAAGCCAUGAUGACAAAGUAUGUCUGGAAGCCACUGGAGUUUGAUGCAGCUCAAGUAACCAUCAUGCAUUACUGGUUUGGACAAGCGUUCUUCUUUUUCCAGGGCAACUCAAACAGCAUUGCGUCUGUGGACGUUUCGGCUGGCUUUGUCGGGCUUGAUAACUACGUGGAAAUCCCGGCCAUCUUCCUAACUGGAUUUGCGACGUACUCUGGACCUUUAUUGUGGGCCAUUCACUUACUGUGCUAUUUGAGCUCCGAAGUGAGCAGGAAUCCUUCAGCCAUGGGGCACGGCUGCUUCUGUUACGCGCUGCUGCGUUCCAUCCCGGUUGCCGUGUACAUCGUCCUGGUCACGGGCCUGCGCUACCACCUCUUCAUCUGGAGCGUUUUCUCGCCAAAGCUUCUCUACGAGGGGGUGCACGUCUUCAUCACGGCAGCCGUGUGCACCUUCUUCACAGCCAUGGAUCACAACCACUUGCGUAAAGCCCAUGACUGAAAGCAACUGUUAAGGCAGAGUCUUGCAUAAUUUCGAGCGACGGACUGAAUUUCUACUAUGGAAUGUGGAUUCUUGCCUUUAGAUUGAUAUUUAAAAGUUAACUGGGUAAUCUAUUUUUGGCAAACAUGUUUAUACAUGCAUACAUAUCCAAACACACACACACACACACACACACACACACACACACACACACACAGGUUGCAUUGCAGAGUCUGUCUUGAAGUGCGGUUCCAAGUGUAACAGGCCAUGCGGUCGGGAACUGUAUCUAAAUUUCGGUUGACUAUAAAUGGAUUGUUGGAUUGUG